AGCUCGCUGCUGAAUGAGUGAGCAGCCUCUUUUAUCAGCUUUUGGUAUAAAAGGGUUUCCUUCCAGUAUUUGCGUCCUUUGAGGAUUCACAGGGCAAAUGGAGUCGAAAAGCAGAAACCAGAUCUACGUAGUGACCGGCGGCUGUGGUUUUCUGGGGAAAUGUCUGGUCCAGAUGCUCCUGGAGAAGGAGCCUAGCCUUGCAGAAGUGCGUGUCUUCGACUUUCACCUGGAUGAGAGCAUGCAGCAGCUGGACAGAGUGACCCUGAUACAGGGGGACAUUGUUGACCUGGAGGAUGUCAAGGCAGCCGUGAAAGGAGCCCACGUGGUCAUCCACACUGCCAGCGUGGUGGACGUUUGGGGUAGAAUCCCGCCCGAGAAAAUCAAAGCGGUCAACGUGCAUGGAACCCAGAAUGUAAUUGAAGCAUGCGUGGCGCAAGGAAUCCAGUAUCUAGUUUACACCAGUAGCAUGGAAGUGGUGGGACCCAACAUGAAGGGGGACCCUUUCUUCAGGGGAAACGAAGACACCAAAUAUGAGAUCGUUCACAAGCAUCCUUACCCAGUUAGCAAAGCUAAGGCUGAGCAGCUGGUAAUCGAAGCGAAUGGACGGCUGAUGGGAAAUGGGAAGUCGCUGGUCACUUGCGCUCUUCGGCCGACGGGCAUCUACGGGGAGAACCAUCUGCUCAUGAAGAAGUUCUACGACAAAGGACUCCGCACGAGGAAGUGCAUGAUCCGAAUCUUCCCAGCCGCCACUGAACACGGCAGGGUCUACGUGGGCAAUGUCGCUUGGAUGCAUCUGCUGGUGGCCCAGAAGAUACAAACGUCCCCUUCAACCAUCGGAGGCCAGGUCUAUUUCUGCUACGACGACUCCCCUUACAAGAGCUACGAGGACUUCAAUAUGGAGAUCCUAAGACCCUGCGGCUUCCGUCUGCUGGGCUCCCGGCCCGUCAUCCCCUACUUCAUCCUCUAUUUCAUAGCCCUGCUCAACAUGCUGCUGCGAUGGCUGCUGAAACCCUUCUGCCUUUACGUUCCUAUGCUCAACCCCUACACCCUGGCCAUAGCCAGCACCACGUUCACCGUUCAGACGGACAAGGCCCAGCGGCAUUUCGGCUACCAGCCCUGCUACAUCUGGGAAGAGAGUCGCAACCGCACCGUCAAAUGGCUCCAGGAGUUGGUGACCCGGAAGCAAGCGGAGCAGUACACCGAGGCGAGGGGCAAAGGGCAGGAGAUCUAGGCCAGAGAGGUGCCCCUUCCCCUCCCACCACACCCACCCAAAGCAAUCCAAGGCUGGCUUUUGCUGCCAUUGGAGCAUUUCGGGACGUUUCCUACAGCUUGGCAAAAGGGAGGCAUGGUACCAUUUCAGUGGACUCUGGCUCUGGUUGAUUCCGUCCUGCGUUAAAUCCGUUAAAGCACCUAAAAUUUACUACACCCCGUUCAUAAAUCAAAGGACAGCACGAAAGGAAAAGAGGAGAGGAAUUGGUGGAUCUGUGCGGAUCAGCUUCAGGAGCCAAGACCACCCACUGGUUUUCCAGAUGAGGAUUCCAGCGCCCAUUAAAUCUGUUUCGGGUGUGGCUGGAGCAUAUUUCAGUUACCAGUCUCUCCAGCGAGAGCUGGAGUCCUGAACCAAGUCUUGAGUCCAGAUUUUGCUUUGGGCACGUUACACAUUCCAAAUCCCUCUCUGAUGGGAACCACCCACUUCCACAACUUGCUCCUGUCCUAGUAUUUUUCUUCUGCUGCCUCGGCAGUCUUGAUUUAGCUUGCUGCAAAGGUGUAGGC